UCUUCACUUUACACAGCGUCGCAGCAGGGACACUCACUGUGCCGGAGAGAGAAGACGCAGAGGGAUAUAGGAAGACAGUGCGACUCACAAAGCCGCAGGAUGCUCAAGAAAAAGGACCCCAACAACUCGGUGAAGGUCACUGGGAAGAUCAGCAAAUCCCAAGCUAGUGACCUGGCCUUGCUGAUCGCCCGCAUGCAAACCAGUGCUGAUCAGGUGGAGAGAGAUGUCCUGCGUGCAGAAGAGAAGCUGAAUAUUGACAAAGAGAACAAGAUCAAGAAUCGACCCUUUCAGCACCAGAAGGAGAAUGCAGACUGCCUGGCCGAGGCAGAGGGUCUCCUGAAAGAUCUCUACCUGGAUGUCGACAAAUCCAAGAAGCUGAAACACCCCCAGGCUAAUGAGAUUGAGACCGAUGUCAGUCACCUCCACGACCGCUGGUACAAAGACUGUGCCCUUUACCGGGAAGUUUAUGAAUCAGCAAAAGAAGUUGAUGUAUUACCCAGAAUCGACUGGCCUCUCGUGCUCAAUCAAAAACAGCGGCAGGUGAAUGCAGAGGAAUAUGGACCGACAGUAUCAGACCUGGAGAAGCAGAUUGCUGCUCAUAACAUCCUGCACAAGGAGAUCGAGGCCUACGGCUCGCAGAUCAACGCCAGCAACUCUCCGGAUAUAGCUGCCAUUAGGAAACAGUACAAUAAUCUCUUGGAUAACUCAAAGUGGCGGCGGACGUACCUGAACAGCCUGUAUGACUACAUGCAGGGCUGCAACAAGGAGCUGGCCUACCUGAGCGAAGAGAAGAAGAAGAUCCUGGAGCAGGACUGGAGCGACCAGAUGGUGGACCCCACACACGUCCGCAGACAGUAUGAGAUUUUCAAGAAUAACAGUCUUUUGGCCCAUGAAAGUGAUGUGAAUAAGCUUCAGGACGACGGAGAUCGCCUCAUAGAGCUGAAACAUCCUGCUGGCUCUAUUAUCGAGAACCACAGAGAUGCCGUGAGGAACGAGUGGCAGACCUUCCUGAAUCUCUGCAUCUGUCAGGAAACACACUUGACCAACGUGGAGGACUACAAGAAGUACCAACUGGACGUGGACACGCUCAGUGACUCCCUCACAAAACUCGAUAUCAGCCUGGACCCAAAAACCCUGAGCAACAGGACCACCACUGAGACUCUGCUCCAGCUUGAGGGAGACGAGAGCACGGUGCAGCGGAGCGAGCUGCUCCUAGCCGACUUAAAGACGCGCAGCGCCAGCGUGGCCCCCCUGAAGCUGCGCCACGCGAAGUCCAAAAGCCCCGUUGUUGUCGAGUCCCUGUGCGACUGGAGCACUGACAAGGCCUCGGUGAAUCGAGGGGACAAAAUGACGCUAAGGUCCAACUCAGACAAUCUGAACUGGGAUGUUGCGACUAGCGGUGGUGUAACCAAAACCAUACCGGGAGCUUGUUUCUUGGUGCCUCCACCUGACCAGGAAUCCAUCGACAAAAUUAACAGACUAAGUGCAGAGCUGGAGAACUUGAAGAAGAGGAGAGCAGCAAUGCAGGCUCAACUGAAGAGCGCUGCCACAGAGGUUGUACAGGCACAGAAAUCUGGCAAUGUGUCCAGCAGUCCAGAAAACCCCAAGGCGCAAGAGCUGGCCAAGCGCUUGGACAAACUGGACAGCGAUACUGCUCAGGCCAAACAGGACGUCCUAAACCGCCUGAGAGUUCCCACAGAACGGCGUGACCCAAUAGGGGACCUCACCAACCGGGUGAAGGAGCAGGAGAAAGGAGCCAAUGUUCAGAAGCAGCUCCAGCAGGAGAGAGCUGCCAUUCAGCGCGAGGCAGAACCACUUUUGUCCCAGAGGGCCAGCAGCCCCAUAUCUUCCACUCUGCCCCUCAAACUGAACUCUGCCAAGAACAAGCAGGAAGACCUAGCUGGCCUUUCAGAUCUCUCCACCAAAAAGGUCAAUGCUUCUCUUAACCUGGAGAAUCAGCUAAAGAAGGUAGAGGGCAUCGUUUCUGGGUUCGAGAAGCAAUUGGCUGAUGACCAAUUCAUCCCAGAUGUACCCAAUGCCAUUGAGACCCGCAAUCGAGAAGUUCAGAGGCUGCGUAAGGAUGUGGCCAGCAAACAGGAUGAGAUGAAGAAGCUCAGUCAGGAUCUGGAGACCACUGAGCAGCUGUGUAGCACGCUGCAGAAGAGCUACCAGGAGUACUGUCCUGAUAUCCGCAGGCAAGAAGGUCGAGUAAACAACCUCAGGAAUCGCUACACCAAUGUCAACAACCAGCUACAGGAGAGAGAACGUCUGUUACAAGAGGCAAGCAACAAGCACCACACUUUUGAUAGCGCUGCCCAGUCGCUGGAUUCCUUCCUCAACAGCCUGCCUGACAACACAGUGAACCGUAAUGACACACUGGCCCAGGUCAACAACAAGCAGAAUUCUCAAAAGAGAGUUGUGGACGAUAUCAGGAGAAAAGGGGAUGACAUUGACCACAUGCUUGACCAGUCCCAGGAUCUACAGGGUGUUCUCAAUGCUUAUGAGGCCAACUCUAACAAAUAUAGAAGUACACUUGAUGAGGCAGUAGUCCCAGCUGCCAAACGUCUACAGUCUUCCACUAUGGCUGACUCUGUGAAGACGCAGGAGAAGGACCUGGUAAACCGUUAUGCUGAAGCAUCUGCGAAGAAUGACGCGUUACUCAACCAGAUAGGUCUUGCCAAAAACGUCACUGCUCAGAAAGAGGAGAUGGCAAGUCAAGUGGUGGUGAAACAGCAACUGCAACAGCAGAGCUUACAGAAGAGCCAGGAUGAGGUUGCCAUUCUGAAGAAGGAACUGGAAGAUGAGAUUGCCAGGAGAACCCAUGUAGAGACUAGCUUGGACACUUACAAAACCCGGGUGAUGUCACUGAAGAGUCGCAAAGGGGUGGAGCGGGUCCAGGAAAAGGAAGUACUCCAAUACUACCGUGAUCCAAAACUUGAGAAUGAUCUGGUGGUCCUUAGAAAUACGAUCCAUCAAGAGGCCCUUAAACGCUCUGCUACCCAAUCAGAGAUUGAGUUAAUCAAUAAGAAAAUUGUCACCAUUGAGCAUGAGAUUAAGAAUGUGAAGCCCAAGCUGGCAACUAAGGAGGUAACAGAGAUUGAGCGAGACCCACAGCUUGAUGUGGAAGCCAAUAAACUCAAAGAGGAGAUACGCAGAUUGAAAGAUGAGCUUCGUACCAGAGAGACUGAAACAGUUCAGAUGAAAACUGAGGUCAACAUUCUCCAGCAAAAGCCACCAACCAUAAAGGAGAAGGUGGUGAAAAAAGAAGUAGUCAAACUGGAGAGGGAUCCAGAGAUGCUGAAAGCUGUAAAGAACUUUGAGCUCCAGAUUGCAGAUGAAGGUCAAAAGUGCAAGGCUCUGAAUGAUGAGAUAUUCCAGACCAGGAGUCAGAUCAACACACUGGAAAGGAUUAUCCCAACUGUGCAACCCAAGAUUAUCACUAAAGAGGUGAAGAAAGUGGAACAAGACCCGAAACUAAUCGACGAGGCCAAGAAGGUCCGAACUUUGCUGGAGGAUCAGAAAACCGAAAAUGAUAACAUGGUGAGGGCAAUCAAAGAACUUCAGGACCGAUACUUCCAAGUUGACAGGCUGAAACAAAAUGUGGAAAUCAAAGAAAUAAUCAAUGAGAUCUACAGAGUAGACCCUCAGACCGAAGUAGAGCUUGUGAGGCUGAGGAAAGAAAUACAAGACUCAAACAGAUGUCGUGGAGAUCUGGAGAAGGAUAUCGAAGUAGUUAGAAUUAGCUUGUCAUCACUGCGCUCACAGAAGCCAAAAGUGGAGCUCAAGGAAGUACUCCAUGAAGUGGUUAAGGAGGAAAAAAGUCCUGAAAUAAUGAAGGAACUACAGAGGCUCAAUGAACAGGUGUCACGCUUGCAGGGCACCUGCAAUACCACUCAAGACCAACUACUUCGCCUGCAAAAAGAGAGAGAUGAAUUGAAAGUGGAAAAAUCAAAGGUAGAAACUAAGCUUGUGACAAAGGAGGUUGUGAAGCAUGAAAAAGACCCACUUUUGGAGAAAGAAGCUGAAAGACUCAGAAAGGAGCUGCGUGACGAAACGCAACGUCGGCGGACGACUGAGGAAACGGUCUUUGAUUUAGCAAACAGAUACAUCUUGCUGGAGAGGCAGAAGCCAGAGGAGGUGGUAGUGGUGCAAGAAGUGGUGCGUUUGGAGAAGGACUCCAGGCAGAUAUUGGAGCAUGAAAAGCUAAACAGGGAUCUGGAUGACGAGAUGAAGGCUCGUCGACAGAUGGAUUUGGAAGUGCAGCAGCUGAGAGCGUUGAUCCUAGAAAAGGAGAGAAUUCUGCGGGAGUCAGAUGAAAUCCAAAAGAGGAUCCAGGCAGAGAUGGAACUAAGACAAAUUAAAGCCAGAAUCUAUGAGCUUGAAAAUGCUCCCCCACCAAUUGAAGAGAAAAUUAUUAUGGAGGAGGUCCUGAAGGUUGAAAGAGAUCCCAAACUGGAAAAGAUGACAGCUAGCUUACGUGCAGACCUGGAGAGAGAGGGAAAUACCAUACAGUCCUUGAAUCGAGACCUCAGAAGCCUCACCCAUAGACUGGAUAUCCUGUUAAAAGAAAAAUCGAUGGAAAGAACUGUCUACAAAGAGGUGAUUCGAGUAGAGAAGGAUCAGGCUGUAGAGUCUGAGAGGGCUCGUCUCAGAGAUCAGGUGUCUCAGGAGAGACAUGUUAGGCUAGAACUGGAGACGGAAAUGCAACGGACCAGGGACAAACUGAACAGACUUCUGGCGACACAUGAUAAUACGUCCUGGGAAGGGAACAACUACACUCAGCAGAGGGAUUCCUUGCUGAGAGAGCAGGAGAACCUCCUGAAGGAGCUGAAGACCAUGGAGUCUGAGAAGCAGGACACUCACGUGUCCUUCCAGCAGCAGUCGAAGCUGUUGAGUGAGAGAAACUUGAUGAGUAGGCAAAAGAGCAUGAAGAUGGAAUCAGAUGUUCAGCGACUGGAGAGGGAAAUACUGGAUGAGAAAGACAAGAUACACAAAAGAGAGUUUACCCUCAGAGAACUGCUGAACAACCUGAGGAAGGAGGAUACCAAGCGAAUGAGCGAGACCAAUCUUUCCACAAAAAUCACUAUUUUAGACCCAGAAACAGGAAAAGAUAUGUCGCCAUAUGAUGCUUACAUACAGGGUCUGAUUGACCGCAAUCAGUACAUCCAGUUGGAGGAGCUGGAGUGUGACUGGGAAGAGAUAACUUCCAAGGGGCCUAAUGGAGAGACCUCAGUCCUCCGGGACCGCAAGAGUGGCAAGCAGUAUUCCAUCCAAAACGCCCUAGAUGAUGGCAGAAUCACUCAGUCUGACUUGCAGCAGUACAAGAUGAACAAGAUGUCCAUUUCAGAAUUUGCUCUUCUAGUUGCUGGAGACAAAAAGACAAAGGCCUCCAGUAAUCCGCUUACGAGUGCCACACCUCCGCCCGCUAACAGAGGCGGCGCUAAUGAAUCCACGUACAUCCCUUCAUACAAAAGUCAUCGAGCCUUUUAAACUCGUCAACUGGCAGACCGAGAAAAGAGAAUGACAAAUCUCCAGAUAAUCGCCGUCACGCAUGCAGCACGACACAAAAGACCAGGCAGAGAAAGAAAACAAUAUAUACCUGUCUCAGGAAACCAUACCAGUUUGUUCAUUUUAGAUAGACCUUACUGCUGUUUGUAUGUUUACGUGUUUAUGGGAUGAUCUUGUAUCAUGCUUCUUAUUUAAAUGGCAUGAGACAGCAUUUGUAUUUGAGACAAAUCAUAUAUGAUUGUGUGAUCUUAUCAAAAACAUUUUGCAAUUCAACAUUUGGGUUAAGGGGCAAAGAUAUUUUUUUCCCAUUUAUCAAGCUUUGCUGGUAUCUUGAAGUGUAGAACAAUUACUAUGUUUCAUUUAUUUUGGAUCUUGUUCGAUAUUGUAUCCAGGAAUAACCCUUAAUAAAACUUUAAAUGGUUAA